CAUUUCUUUUUCCUGCAAUUUUUUAAGUCCAUAUCCAUCACUUUCCCUCAUUGCACCACAGGCACCUUCCUCCUCCUCCUCUUCUGUACCAGCCACCACAUCCUUGUAUUUAACCUCCUCCUCCUCCCCCACCUCCUCUUCAUCCAACUACUACAACACCACCUCCAGAAGAAUCUCUUACUACCAUCCAUCUAUCUAAACAAGUAGAAAUUAAAGAACCAGCAAUGGAGAAGGCAUCAAAAGCUAGCCCUUCUCGCGACCGAUCGUUUCCGGAGCUGAUCGGGUUCUUCUUCCUUCAACUCAUACUCAACUUGUUGACCAGGACACUUCACAAGCUCUUCCCCAGAUCACUCUCCUCUACCCUCUCCUAUUCCAUGCUGUGUCUAUGCUCACCAGUAGUUUAUGAUGACAAGCCAAAGUCCAAGAACACAACUACUCACAGUGAACAAGAUCACUGUUUGAGGAGAGGAGAUGUGGGGAUCAUUUUGGAGUCCAUAGGAUUCAGUUUCAGCAAGGAAACUGACCAGGUACAACAUGAUUGCAUGGGGGUUGGUGAGAUGUGUAGUUUGUUUGAGGAGGAGGAGCCCAGUUUGGAGGAAGCAAAAGAGGCUUUUUGUGUGUUUGAUGAGAAUAGGGAUGGUUUUAUUGAUGAAUGGGAGCUGCAGAGAGUUCUUCAGAAGCUGGGCUUCAGAGAAGGGAGGGACUUGAAUGCAUGCAGGAAGAUGAUUGCAGCAUAUGACAGAAACAGAGAUGGGAAGAUUGAUUUCAAUGAGUUUCUCAAGUUCUUAGAGAUCAGCUUAUGCUGAAUUUUCCUCCACUACAUCUUCUAACUUUUUCCUUUUUCUGGAGCUGUACAUAUAAUUUAUGCGAUGAGAAUUAAUGAAUAAAAAGAUCAAACUAAUUAUUACUU